CAUCAUCAGAAGAAGUGGUCUCUGCCAUCAGCGAUGACACGGUGUUGGUGAACUGCAUGAAAACAGGGAUGCCAGUGCAAAACAAGAUCUUUGAGUUCGAGAGAGUGCAUGGACCAGAGGAUUCCCAGGAUGUCGUGUUUGAGGAAGUCAGGCCGCUCCUCACAUCCCUGCUGGACGGCUAUAAUGUCUGUAUCAUGGCAUAUGGGCAGACAGGCAGUGGGAAGACUCACACCAUGAUGGGAUCCCAGCUGCUGGAGGAGCACUCAGGGACGCAGCAGGAGACACAGCAGGGUAUUAUCCCCAAAGCUGCUGCUGAGCUCUUUCGGCUGAUCUCUGAGAAGCCAGCAGAGAGUCACACUGUGGGGGUGUCAGUGAUGGAGGUGUACAACAAUGAGGUGUUUGACCUUCUAGCCAGAGAUGAGCAGGGUAACGCUGUCAGCCAGCACCGGGAUGUCAUCACCACCUCCUCUGGUACCAGCCAUGUCCCGUCCCUCACAUACGAGCCUGUGUGUAACGCCUCUGAGGUGAUGCAGAUCAUCAGCAGUGUUCUGAAGCUCAGGGCUCACUGUCCUACCCUCAUCCACACAGACUCUUCACGCUCUCACCUCGUUGUCACCCUCACCAUUUCCUCCAAGAGCCCCAACGCCGUGGCCCUGGCCCGCAGGCUACAGAGUGCCAAGAAGGACAUGCAGCACUCCGCCCAGAAGGAGUGGUGGAGUCCACGCUGUCGCCGUGCCAACCCCGCCGCCCGCAACUCCUCCGACGAGCUCUUUGGAAGCACAGCCUCCUCUCCCUGCCUCUCCCCUUCCCUUUCCCCAUGUCCCUCCCCGAGGCCAAGCAUCUCCCAGGAUCCGUUCAUGACCAAGCUGCAGCUGGUCGACCUUGCGGGUAGCGAGUGUGUUGGUAUGUCUGGAGUUUCGGGUGCAGGUCUGUGGGAGGUUUCCUGUAUAAACCGCAGUCUCUCUGCUCUGUCUGACGUCCUGGGAGCUCUUGCCGAGCAGAGGCCACACGUCCCCUACAGGAACAGCAAACUCACUCAUCUGCUUCAAGAUGCCAUAGGUGGAGAUGCCAAGCUGCUGUUGAUGCUGUGCGUCUCUCCCACGCAGCGCUUCAUCACGGAGUCUCUGCAGUCUCUGGGCUUAGGCACUCGGGCCCGUCAGGUCCAGAAGGAGCCACCGCGAAGGAAGAAUAACACUCUCAAAGUUAAGUGACAAGGACAGAGAGAGAGAGAGAGUGAGAGAGAGAGGCUUCAUCCUCUGCAGAUGCUGUGAUGCCAACACAACAGCAAAUUUCUUAGUGAUUGUAUGAUAGUGUGGGGACAAUCUAAAGUUCACAGCCUUAAACAGUAUGACAAUAUCUUACUGCAGUUACUGUAUUUUUAGUUUUCUUUGAUCUGUGGGUCAGUCAAUAUGAUCAAUACUACUGUAGGUACUGUGUGGUCUUUUAUUAGCACACCUAAUCAUAAUAAUUCUUACUUUUAGUGGUUACUUUAACUAUGACACAGACUGGUUUUGCCAGGAUGGUUUAUAUAUUUUUUAGUUUUAAAUAGAUCUUAGCCUCUUGAAUGUAAAACACAUUAUACGUGUGUGGAUAACCUAAUAAUCAUGAGGUAGUUAUGAAUGCUGAUGAAAUCACACAAAGGUUGGGUGAUGAUAACUCCAUUUAUUAUAAACUCACUGUUCCC